CACAAUAUCCCCAAUUCUCCAUAUAUCUCUAAUUCUCUAUUAAUUGUUAACUUACAUUAGCAAUGGCAACUUUAGAUGAAGUUUCAGCCCUUGAUUUCAUCAGACAACAUCUUUUCGAUGAAUACGAAACAUCUAAUGAACAUGUCCUGAUUUCACAAACAUCAAUUUCUGAAUCUGAUAUAUCGGUUUAUGAUUAUCUAGAUUCUGAAGAAGAAGAAACCAUAUCGAACCCCUUAUCUCCUUUAACCGUUCUUCCAGAAUCUAUUGAUGAUUCUAGAAGUGCAAAAAAAGCGCAUAAAAAGGCCGAUUCUUCAAAGAAAACAAAAUGCCCGGAGGAGGCUAAUAAGGUACACUACAGGGGAGUACGAAGAAGGCCGUGGGGAAAAUAUGCGGCCGAGAUUAGAGACCCAAAACGUAAUGGGGCUAGAGUUUGGUUAGGUACAUAUAAUACUGGCAUUGAGGCUGCAAGGGCUUACGACAGAGCCGCAUUUGAAAUGCGUGGUAGCAAAGCCAUUCUCAAUUUCCCGUUAGAAAUUGGAAAUGCAAACGUUACAAUAAAAACCGAAGCUAACACUGUUUCUACUAGUGGAUGUAAGAAAAGGAAUAGAGACGAGGAUGACAUGAUGGUGGCGGUAAAGAAGGAGAGGUUAACGGAAACAACUAAUUUGGAUGUAUCAAAUUGGAUGGCGGUUUGGGACGAGGAUGUGUUUGACAUCCCUCCCAUGUCGACAUUGUCAUCUCAGUUAAUGGUGAUUUGAGAUUUUAAUUUUGAUAUGUACAUGACCAACAUUCAUCAUUUCUUUAAUUAAUUAUUUAUUAAUUGAUUCGUUUCAUUGAUUCGCA